AAUGUUCAAGGUUGCAUGGAGUCCGUUUCUUGCCGCGUUCAGCUUCAAUCUACAAGACAACGACGAUUCUUCUGUUGCUUUAUUUUGUCUUGAUGGAAUCCGCUGUGCAAUAAGAAUAUCUUGCAUAUUCAGCAUGCCUUUGGAAAGAAAUGCUUUCGUACAAGCUCUAUCCAGGUUCACUUUAAUUACUGCGACCAGUGGCACGCAUAUUCAUGAAAUGAAAACGAAGAACAUGGAGACGAUCAAGACACUUCUUACCAUCGCUCAAACGGAUGGUAAUUACAUCGGGAAGUCUUGGCUCGAGGUAGAGAGAAUCAUCUUGCUAUAUAUUAUGGUUGGUGUCUACGACUGAAAAUAUGAUCGAUUGUUUUUUCAUCAAAGGAAAAAGUCUAGGUCUUGUCUGUAGUCUUAUCUUCACGAUAUUGCUACAGUCUUUACCUUUCAUUUUUCCAAGUGCUUUGUUGACCGUAUUUCAUACCCUUCAUCAGAGAAUCGUAUCACAAAUGUACUUCUGUAAUAAAUAUACAUAAGAAAAUGAAGUUUUUUCUCAAGAUA